GGAAUACUCAAAGGUUCUCAGUUACAUGCCCAUUUAUGAUUUGACGGAAAAGAAAAGAUGGCUGCUAAAAAAAGAAAAGUUGUUUAGAUACAGAUGACAGCUGUGCUGAAGAAAAAGUACAAAGGUAUCGGGUUCAAUGAAGAUGUCGGGUGACAUAUUUCAGUCUCUGGAAAACAACACCAGCAUUGAUGUGACGAAAUGGAACCCGCUACAGUGCUACCUCUGUAAUGAGAAGUACAAUGACCCCUGUAUUUUGUCAUGUUACCAUAGCUACUGCUCGCAGUGCCUGAGGGGCAGGGCCGCAGACAACAGACUAAGCUGUCCACUGUGUGGGUGUGUAACAAGCCUAAAGGAUAAUGAGUCUAUGCCCUCCUCCGAUCACCUGAUGAAAUUCUUGGUGGAUCAAAGUUCUCGGGAGGAUCUGGAACCAUGCGCCAACUGUGAUGAGAUUUCGUCCGAAAUGUUUUUCUGCAACACCUGCUCCCAAGCACUGUGUCUCCAUUGUCGUACGGAGACCCACAAAGCCAAAAUGUUCGCUAGUCACGAUGUGAUCAAUCUGUCCAAGAGAACCAAGGAGGUCCACAGAGAAUGCUUAAUCCACAGAGAGCCCUAUAUCUUGUUCUCCACAGAGAAGAAAACCAUGCUGUGUAUCAACUGUUUCAGAGACAUGAAAAUGGAAAGCCGUUCACACUGCAUGGAUCUGGAGACAGCUUAUGCACAAGGGUGUAAAAAACUGGAUCAAAGCAUGCAGGCUGUAAGAGAGCUGCAGAACUCAGCCCGAGACACCAUCUUCCUUCUGAAGGCUCUUCUCUCCGAAAUACAGAAAAGUUCUGAAGAUGAAAAAAAAGCUGUCACCGAUUUGUAUGACCUGAUGAUGGAAAAAAUCACAGAGAUGAAAACAGAACUUCUCAAUGAAGUGGACAGGCAAUACCAAGAAAAGGAGAAAAUUUUCAAGAAGGAGUUAUCCACCUUGAGCACAUUAUUACCCACCCUACACACCCACCUAGUCACAUGUUCAGCAUUCACCAGUUCAGCCAAUCGAUUCGAAUUUCUAGAUUUGGCUUAUAUCUUAAUGGAUCGUCUGAAAUCUAUUAUAAAUCAACAACACCCCCUCCAUCCCUCGCAGAGUGGACAGAUUACUACUCACUACAAAGUGCAAUACUCCAAGUGUUUGGAGCCACUGCUGUUCCCCUCUAGAGUGCCUGGCCCUCUUGGUAACAUCACCGCAUCCCCACCCCUCACAAACUCCACCCCCAGCAUUCCAAGUUCCAUGUCGAUGACCACCACCCUCACCACCUGCACCAUGAACUCGCGGCAGCACUGUAGCGGCGGCUCUGUUCAGUACGGGCGACGAGGCUAUACUCUGCCCAAGAUAUCCUUCAUCGAUUCCAAGAGCACCUUUGCAGACCACUGUGGAGAAUUUGAAACUUCCCAUAAGCUUUUUUGUCAGCGUAUUGAGAAGCUUAAGUAUAAUGUCCAGGAGUUACAGCGAGACCUGACCCUGAGGCGAUGUCUGAUCAAGACAUCUGCUGUGUCUGACCUACAGGAAGAGAUCACAGACUUACAGAAAGACCUGGAUAAUCUGUUCCUCCUGACAGAGAAUAAACAGCCAUCUCUGGAGAAGCAUUGGGAGGAGGUUAUAAAGAAGAUGGCAACAGAACAGGAAGUGUUCAAAGGUCAACUGAGUGAUAUUUUGAGACUGAAGCAGGAGACUGGCCACAUGAACACCAUUCUGACACAGCUGGGCUCCUUCGUCAAGUCUAUUGCCUCGGUUUCUGAAAGACUGGCUCCCAAGCUGACCCAAUCAAGUAAGGAAAGUGACCAAGACAGCAACAUAGCCGCCAUGUUUGAAGAGAUCAGUACAAUGCAGCCAGACUCACAGCACAGAGUUGAUGCUAUCCGCAUAGCAGAGGAAGAGAGAGAAACCCUCACUGCUGUAAACAGAGUUAACCCCCUUGAUGAGGAGCUGAUCAAAACAAAGGGUCUGUUAAAAGCACCUUCGGCACGAAGAGAAGGGAUUUCAAGGCGUAAUUCUACAAAGAGGGACUCUCGGGAAUUAAAAGAUACAUCAUCUGCAGAUAGUUCGCCUCUGAAGGAUGCUGAACCAUCAGUCCCUCAAAAAUCCAAUGAUAAAUCUGCAGAAAAGACAGGGGCCAGCAAAGGAGCUGAAAAUUUUCCCAAGGAGGAUAUUGGAAACCCAGAUGAUUUAAAAAAAAACUUGGUCAUGUCCAUGGAAGACUCGUGUAACAGUGACGUUUUGUAUAGCCAAUGUCCAGACACUGAAAAGUCCCACAUAGAUACAGAUGUAUCCAAAAUCAAUGAGUCAGUAGAUGGUACAGAUACUAGCAAAAGUUGUGUACCAAAUGUAGAAAUCACAGACUGUAGCAAUACAUUGAAAGGAGAUAAGGCAACAGUUAUAACAGAGAUCCUUGAAGAUGUAAAAGGUUAAUUGAAGUUAAUUUAUAUACAAUGCAGGUUGUUCAUCUUUGAAACUUGUGCCAAAUGUUUUAAUAUUUGGGGUGGGAUGGGGGAUUGGGGAUAUUGUUGAGGGUGGUUGUGUGUUGUGUAAAGUCAAGUUUACUUCAUAUUUUCAUGAAGACAAGUUGUUAAAAUUUGUUUAUUUAAGAUUUCAUUUGUUAAUCAAGCGAAGGGUAUUAAAGAAAUCCACCUACCGCACCAUAUGUAUUUAUGUACUAUGUACAUGUAUAAAAAUGUUAAAGUUGUUUGUACUUUCCAUUUUAUAAAAUAAUAAGAAAUGGAAUAUUUUUGCAUGUUCAUGUACAUUUUGUACUGUAUUCAUACAUGAUCUGUUAUGUAUGACAUGUAUACCGGUACUAUUGAUACACUAUGUAAAACUGGAAUGAUAACAAUUUUAUACUUGGCAAAAUCUGUUUUUACAUUGUUUAUGUACAUGUAUACACUUUCACUUGAAUGAGCAAUAACUUAUACAAAGAUAGAAAGUGCAGAUACUAUUUAUGUAUGAAUAAUCUUGGUCACUGUAAGUCUGGUAAAGUAUCUGAUGAUUUUAUAAACAUUGAUAAAUGAGAUGUGUUUAUUAGGGGGAAAAUACAUUAACUUUCUAGUCUGUUAUUACCAGUAUUCAUGUAUCAAGCAUACUCUAGAAGCCAGGGUUUUCUUUCUUUCUAUUUUUUUUUUUGAUAAUCAGGUACAUUUGUACCAUGCAUGAAUUUGAUCCUUAUUAAUUUUGUUAGUUACAACUAUGACACUGCAGGGAGUAGUUUUACAAUGGAAAAAAACACCCAAUAUGUUUUUGUGUUAUAAUUCUAUUUUUUAUUAUUUCUUUUUUAAUUGUUUACUUUAUCAGGUGCCCGGAUAACUUCCUGUGUUGAUACUCUUACCAAGAAUUUAGAGUGAAAUCGUUGUCUGACAAUUAAUCAGUCUAUCUGAUCAGGGAUAAUUAUUGAAUAAUUAUGUGUUAUUUGGGUUUUCUUUUCGCAUGAUACAAAAUUUUCGAAAAUAGGGGGAAAAAAAUUUUUAUUUGCGUAUGUCAUCAUUUGCUAUACAAAAAGUAUCUUAAAGCAAGCAAUACUGUACAUGAGUUUUGCAUUUUGAAUAUUUUGCGAUGUAAAUAAUAAUGUCAUCUGGAAAAUUGGAUCAUCGUGAAAAUACUUGUAACCAAAUAAAAGGGUCAAUUGAAAAAUAUGAAGACAAAGUGGCUGUCUAUCAUAUAUUUUUCAUAAAAGUCAUAUCUAACAGUUAAUUUAUU